AUGCUAUGGUCAACAAACGACGCCCAAAGUACGUUUAUUGAUAGAGUUCGUCCACGAAUAAAAAACUUACGUUCAAAAUCCAAAUCAUCUGAAUCAGAAGUACCUACAACGUCGGCUUCAUCAUCUACCACUAGCAAACGUACAUUAUCUACGUCUAGUCUAAAAAUUAUCAAGAAACAAAAAACAUAUAGCAAUUUAUCAUCUGAUUCUGAUGUACCCUUGGAUGCGUAUUCUAUUAUUCAAAAUAAUUUAUUACUAUCAUUAUUAUCCAAAACGAAAUGCGCAUUAUGCGAAAAGCAAUGGGAUGGUAAAAUGCACAUGAAUAAAAGAGAAGGAUUAUUCGUUAUUCUCUCUUUUGAAUGUCGUUUUUGUAAUAAUAAAAUUAGCAUAAAUUCAAGUCCUCAAGUACAAGAUUCUAAACGACAUGAUAUUAAUGUGAGAACUCAACUUGCAGGACAUUUAACAGGUAUUCGCCAUGCUGGAUUACAAAAAAUAUGUGCAGCAUUAAAUUUACCACCACCAUUAGAAGAAGGACGUCACAGCAAACGUGAUAAAGAAUUAUUACAAGUAGUACAAAAAUUUGCCAACGAAUCUAUGUCAACAGCCAUGCAAGAAGCUAUUGAUGUUGUCAAAAGUACUGACAUCACCGUUAGUGGUGAUGGAACAUGGCAAACAAGAGGCUUUUCUAGCAAGCAUGGUGCUGCUGACUUGUUAUCAACAUGUGAUUCUCCGAAAGUCGUUGACAUUGAGACAUGUUCAAAAACAUGUAACGUUUGUGCAGGUGCCAAAAGCUUAUUACAAUUAGGAACACCAGAAGCUCGAGCAAAAUAUGACCAAACUAUCAUCAAUCACAAUUGUGGAAAAAAUUUCGAUGAACCUUCUGGCAAUAUGGAAGCAUCGUCCAUCUUAAAGAUGUUUCGAAGGUCUGAAAAGAAAUAUGGUGUUCGCUAUGUAAAAUACAUAGGAGAUGGUGAUUCUAAAACAUUUUCUGUAUUAAAGACAGAAAUAUCUUACAAAGGAAUUCAAAUACAGAAAAUUGAAGACAUCAAUCAUUUUGGAAAACGUCUAAAGCGUGCUCUUGAAGUAAUUAAACGAAAAAGUGGUAAAGAGAAGUUAUCAGACGGAAAAACAAUAGGUGGAAAAGGACAUCUUACAGAUCAAAUGAUAACUCGUUUUCAAAUAUAUUUUUGUGAAGCAAUUCGGAAGAAUAAAAAUGAUCUUGAUAAAUUAUAUAAAAGCGCACAAGUAAUGUAUUGCACAAGUUUUCAACAAGCUCUGAUCAUCAUCAUCAGUUUUGUGAUGAAGCGUGGUGUGGAUAUUUACAAGCAAAGUUUAAUGCGUGUUUUGAAUGGUUCAACACAAAAUGCAAACGAGGCUUUUCAUGCUUUAAUAUGGACAAUGUCGCCGAAGCAUAAAGCAGCCUCAGAUGUUACAUUUAAUAUUGCUUGUUACUUAGCAGUAGUGGUUUUCAGUGAUGGCUAUUAUAGUUUAGGUAAAAAAUACUUAAAAAAAUGA